AUGUCUGAAUCUAAGGAAAUAAUAUAUUCUCGUGAAUUACCUCCAGGAAAUCGCAUCUUUAUUUCUUUUGAAUGUGACUUCACAUCACAUUCUCUUCCACUUCAUACAAAUAUCCUGCCAGAUGUUUUUAAGCGGUGCCAACGAAGCAACAAAUUCUUUAAUUUCCGUUAUGUAUUAAAAAAAUCUCGAACAAAGUCAUGGAACUGUGGAGAUACUGGCUGUAUACUAUUGACGCAAUCAAAAUUAUGCGCAACGAACAUGGCAAUAACUAAAAAGAUAGUUGUAAUUAAAGAUAUAGUAUUUUCUCUCGAAUCACCUCCGGGCAAUCGAUUCAUAAUAUCCUUUCAAUGCCCGUCUAUUUCUCAUUUUAUUUCUGUACCUAUUAUUAACACUUUACACAAAGAUGUUUGUGAUCAAAAGCCAUGUUUCUUACUUUUCAAGACCAUGCUCAGACGUUCAUUAAGAACAAAAUCGAAAUGUGAUGAUGAAUCUUGCUUUUUGCAUAAAACUAGCUAUCGUAGGAUCACUUAUUUUACAGAACAUUUAUGGAAAGUCAUGACAGCUAAAGUUAAAUCAUAUUUUGCCAUUCAAUAUUAUAUGAAUGGUGAAUAUAAUAACUUGCUUGAAUUUUGCACAUGUAAAAAUAUUUCCUUUCGUGAUAAUCCAGAAGGAAAAUACUCCUCUUUCAAAAUUCCUGAAGUUUUCGGAGGAGACAACUUUCCAAAAA